GGUACAGCUCUGAGCAGCGCCAGCCGGACUGGACAGAAGAGAUCGCCGCUAGUUCUCCGUGAAGAGCGAAACACCUCGGCGCGUUCGUCACAAAUAAAACCACACAGCCAGAAGGUAGCCUAUUCUCCGUCGAUUCAUGGAAUUAUUGUCAGGUGGCGUAGGUUGCAUUUAUUACCAAUUCAGUUCGAUAGUUGUGGCUUCUACCCAUCCUGCCUGAAGGUCACAAGCGGAGCUGCUCAGCACGGACCGCCGCGCCCCUUCAGGACUUCGUCAUCCAGGGACUCUGCAACGAAGGGAUGAGGGGACAACGAGCUGCAUUAGAGGAGUGAGGGCAGUCUGAGGGCAAAAGGAUCUGAAAAGGAAGAUUUGGCUGAUAUAGAGGAGGGAGAAGGUAACCCCAGGACUUAAGAAGGAAAGAGGAAGGGGAGUGGGGGGUUAGGUGCAGGGCUGGACUGCAGGACAGGACUGCAGGACAGAAGGACUGGAUGCUAGCCUCAGUAGGCCCCAGCAGGUCCCAGCUCCCACAGAGAUGGCCUCCAACUUCAACGACAUCGUCAAGCAGGGAUACGUCCGCAUGCGGAGUAGGAAACUGGGGAUUUACCGUCGCUGCUGGCUGGUGUUUAAGAAGUCGUCCAGUAAAGGACCACGCAGACUGGAGAAGUACACUGAUGAGAAGUCCGCUUACAUCAGAGUCUGUCCUAAGGUGACAGAGAUCAGCCAUGUGAAGAAUGUCACAAGGCUCCCAAGGGACACCAAGCGCCAGGCGGUAGCCAUCGUCUUUACCGAUGACACCUCGCGCACGUUCACCUGUGAAUCAGAGCUAGAAGCAGAGGAGUGGUUGAAAACUCUGUCAAUCGAAUGCCUGGGUACCCGCCUCAAUGACAUCAGUCUAGGAGAGCCGGACUUGCUGGCAGCAGGUGUUCAGUGUGAACAUACAGAGCGUUUCAAUGUGUUCCUACUGCCCUGUCCUAACCUGGACAUCUAUGGAGAGUGUAUGAUGCAGAUCACCCAUGAGAAUAUCUACCUGUGGGACAUCCACAACCCUCGCACCAAACUGGUCACCUGGCCUCUCUGCUCCCUGCGCCGCUACGGACGAGAUGCCACGCGCUUCACCUUCGAGGCUGGACGGAUGUGUGACAGUGGAGAAGGCCUGUACACAUUCCAGACGCGGGAGGGAGAACAGAUCUACCAGAGAGUCCACUCCUCCACCCUGGCCAUUGCUGAGCAGCACAAGAGAGUUCUGAUGGAGAUGGAGAAGAACAGCAGAUUGUCUAAAGGUUCUGAGACGGGCUCCUACCCCUGUACCCCCACAGCCAUCCUGCCCCGCAGUGCCUUCUGGCACCAUAUCACUGGCACUCAGGGGGGCAUGGACCCAGCCCAUGGUGACAUGUUUGGUGGUUCUCAGACUGGCGCUGAUGCAGACCUGCUCUCCACCCGGCUGCCCUCAGAGCCACGCCACGCUACCAUGCCCCUGGCACACAGCCGACACUCCCCCGCCCGUUACCCCACCUACCCCAGCCAGUGAUCCCAGGGGUGCAUUGCAGACCCCUAGCCUCCACUCUGUACCCUGCACUCCUCCUAUUCUCCUUUCUCUGCAGUGCUUACCUCAACUCCAUGCCCCCUCAUCUACCUUCCAGCCAAUCAGGUUGGGUUGUGGGGAGUGGGUUCUCCGAUGGGGUCAUAUGACCUCCCCUAAAGCUGGGAGCUCUGUGAAGCAGGACGUGACAGCGCUUCUGGUCUUCUCUUCUUCUUCCAAAGGCUGGUUACCUGAAGGAACUUCAACUCCCAGAAUCGCUCACGGUGGGGGCAAAGUGCAUUGUGCGAGCCAGCAGUGGCUUGUUGCCUCUUAGUGAGCUGACAUUGUGGCAUGGUGCAUCUCUCUUUGCUCUGCUGUGGGUGUGGAGGAGGAACAGGAAGAGGAUGGGUGUGAGCUGUAAGGAUGUGAUUUAGUGUCCUCUCUAACCCCUGUGAAAUCUUAUUUUCUGAUGGGAUUCAGUCAGCUCUCCAUCACCUGAACACCCUCCGCGACAGACCUCUUCAUGUACCUCAUGCCAGCUCUUAGCAAAGUUCAAUGUUAGGGGCUCAGGACGUCCCCAAACCGCUCUUAUUGGUGGCAGAACAGUAGGACCCCUUCCUACCAUCCCUGCUCUCCAGCAUGAUAAGGAUUGUGGCGCUCGCUCCAACCCAUAACCUCAAUCUGACAGACACAUAUGUAAGACAACAGUUUCCUCCCAAGAACUGGCCUUGGCUUCCUUCUUCAACUCUGUGUGUGGGUGGAAGAGGGACUGUCUCUGGACUAUUAUCCAACCAAACACCUGGUCUAAUUCCACAGAGAAACAAAGGACCACUUGUCUUUCAUCUUUCUUUCUUUCUUUUUUGUAUUACUUGUAGCAGACUUAACAACCUGACUUUACCUUGUAUACUGUUCUGUACGAUAAGGAAAAUAUACAUAGAUUUUUCUGGGAGGAUAGAGAGAGGCAGUGAUGAGAGGGAGGGAGAGCCAUAUGCCUCUGAAGUCAUGACUUCGUUUGUUGUUUUCUCUUGGUUUCCUGCCAUUGGGUUGUGAAGACAUCCUAGGCUGUUCAUAAUAUGGUAAUGGAACCCUGUCCUGUGUGUGUGUGUGUGUGUGUGUGUGUGUGUGUGUGUGUGUGUGUGUACUGCAUGAAUGGGAUACACAGUUACUGACAUUUGGCCUCUUUAAAACCUAUGUUAAGAGAGAAUUUAGACAUGGCUUUAAAACCUAUGUUAAGAGAGAAUUUAGACAUGGCUUUAAAACCUAUGUUAAGAGAGAAUUUAGACAUGGCUUUAAAACCUAUGUUAAGAGAGAAUUUAGACAUGGUAAAUAAUAAGCUAGAUUUAAAAAUGUAGACGUCACAAAGAUGUAGCCACUCCCUCAAACCUCAUCAUUAUUGUGGAGGUCCUUGGUCUGAGGGAGACACCACGGACUGUGUCAUAGUGUGGCUCCUCAUUGAGUUUCCUGUCAGGCACAAGAGUGUAAUGAACUAGUGAAGUUGUGAUAACCAUUAUUAAUGUCCCGUGUUUUUAGUUUCACAGACUUUCUGGUGUGUGGGGUGGGUUACCGCCUGACCAAAAUGGUUCUUGACAUGUUUGCACUUGAAGAUGUUUUUUUCCUUAUUUUUAAAUGUGUUUUUGAUAAAUCAGGAGCCAUUGCUCUUAAUUUGGGUCAUGUGAGGGAUAAGCACAGAUCUAGGGCGGGUCCAUAAGUUACCUGCCUCAGAGACCCUCGCAUGGAGUCCUUUUGUUUUAGGGCUGUAGCCUAGAUACUGCUAGUGGGUUAGUUAGUAGAUGACUGCUGCACAAAGAGAGAAAACAUGUUUUUAUAGCUGGAAGUAUAAAACCUGCCCUCUACACAGUUCUUACAUAAGAUUGGGUUUAUAACUAAUAAUGCAAAUUAUUUAAAACCAUCUCAACAUUAGCAGAUUUGAUUGACUAUGAACUAAGACUUUCCAACUGUGUAUUCAUUUGUGACACUUGGAUAUAACCCAACUAAUGCACCCUGUAGUUAGAGAUUGGACUAAUUUGAAAUAUAUAUAUAUAUAUAUAUACACAGUAUUUCACCACUGUUAAAGUUAUUGUAUGUGAAGCUUAUAAAAUGAGGUCAUUUUCUAAUCUCCUUGACUAGGUGUAAUGUUAUUUAUUUGAGUUGGCCAGAGUGGGACAUUCUGAUGUCUAAGGCUACUUAUUAAAUGCUGGAAUCCAAUAAAACACACAUUUACAGCUUCUGUAUUAUUUAUCUCAUGUUAACAUAAAGGGCUAAGCUUUUUGUUGAACAUAAUCUUUACCCUAUGUAUUUGUGUUUGUGUACAUACAGGAGUUGUUGUUGCUGCCCUCUUGGGCUCUUGAAAAUACAGCUAUUUAUUUCACAUCGUGUGGUCUCUAGAUGUGUGUGUGUGUGUGUCUGUGUGAGAGAGUGUGAUGUGUAUGUCUGAAUGUUCUGUGACAGGGAUUGUCUGGGGAUAUUUCUUUGAAAUGCAUGCACUCAACACAUUUUUAUACUGUGUAACGAUGGUAAGAUUGAAAUGUUGUGGACUUGUUCACCCAGAUAUGUGGGUGGAGAUUUUUUAGAGACGUUUACUUGGCACAGGGAAAUAAAAAAACAAAGAUUCACCUGA